GCCCCGUGCGCACUGCGCGUCCUGGCCUGUCAGUAGUAGCCAGAUGGAAACGUAGGCAAGUGAAUUCGGUGAGGUCAUGUAUUUCUAAGCCACACAACGGAAUAAAUCAUCCUUCAUUGGCGGCAUAAAGAAAUAGUCCGGAACAUUUCGCCGCUGAUCGGACCGCUGGUGGAUCGAUAGUUUUAUUUGAUGACAGAGAGGACAUUUUUGGAUGCACAGAAAACAGUAAUCGAAGAUUUCGCCAUGAACAAAAACAAGAGAGAAAGAGAGUUCUACAGCCUCGAUGUUGGGGAUUCGACGUUCACAGUACUGAAGCGAUACCAGAAUCUAAGACCCAUCGGCUCCGGAGCACAGGGAAUCGUCUGCUCUGCUUACGACCAAAUCCUUGACCGAAAUGUUGCCAUCAAGAAGCUGAGUCGGCCGUUUCAAAAUCAAACCCAUGCCAAGAGGGCGUACAGAGAGCUAGUCCUAAUGAAAUGUGUCAAUCACAAAAAUAUCAUUGGCCUUCUAAAUGUAUUUACACCACAAAAAUCAUUAGAAGAGUUCCAAGAUGUAUACUUGGUGAUGGAGCUGAUGGAUGCCAACUUGUGCCAGGUCAUUCAGAUGGAGCUGGACCAUGAGAGGCUGUCCUAUCUCCUCUAUCAGACGUUGUGUGGUAUCAAACACCUCCAUGCUGCAGGCAUAAUUCACAGGGACCUCAAGCCCAGUAACAUAGUUGUCAAGUCAGAUUGUACACUGAAGAUUUUGGACUUUGGCUUGGCUCGGACGGCUGCCACGGGCCUCCUGAUGACACCGUAUGUGGUUACACGCUACUACAGAGCACCAGAGGUUAUCCUGGGCAUGGGCUACCAAGCCAAUGUGGACAUAUGGUCUGUGGGCUGCAUACUGGCGGAAAUGGUUCGCCAUAAAAUCCUCUUCCCAGGAAGGGACUACAUUGACCAGUGGAACAAGGUAAUUGAGCAGCUAGGCACUCCAUCUCAGGAUUUUCUUAUGAAGCUGAACCAGUCAGUAAGAACGUACGUAGAAAACCGGCCACGCUAUGCUGGGUACAGCUUUGAGAAACUCUUCCCAGAUGUGCUCUUCCCUGCCGACUCUGACCACAAUAAACUGAAAGCAAGCCAAGCAAGAGAUCUCUUAUCCAAGAUGUUAGUGAUUGAUGCCUCCAAGCGCAUCUCUGUAGAUGAGGCACUGCAGCACCCCUAUAUUAAUGUUUGGUACGACCCAGCUGAAGUGGAAGCACCACCUCCAAAGAUCUUAGAGAAACAGCUGGAUGAGAGGGAGCAUACCGUGGAAGAGUGGAAAGUGCUAAUUUAUAAGGAAGUGAGUGAAUGGGAGGAGUGGACAAGAAAUGGUGUGAUAAGAGGCCAGCCACCUCCUUUAGGUGCAGCAGUGAUCGAAAGCCCCCCUCAGCCCACGUCCUCCUCCUCUUCGGCCAACGAUGUCUCGUCCAUGUCCACAGAGCCCACUGACCCAAGCAGUGACCCCACCAUGACCUCUGAAACAGACAGCAGCUUGGACAGCCACACCUCUCUGGGUGCACUGGCCUGCUGCAGAUAACACACACACACACACACACACACACACACACACACACACACACACACACACACACACACACACACACACACACACACACACACACACACACACACAAACAAACCUUUUCUCAUCAGUGUGUGUGAUGGGAGAGGAUUUAGGCCAAUGGAACUUCUCAUGUUAGUUUGUAGAGCUGCGCUUUUAAUGUACAGUUUAUUAUUUCCCCUCCCCCUAUACUGCUGUAAAUGAUUGUGGUUGGAAAUUGUAUCAUUAUUGCUGUAUUUUUGCUGCAAAGAAUCAGAGUAUGUUUUGAUGUGAAUCUGUGAUGUAUGUUAUGAAAGAGAGGGAUUUGAGUGUACUUUACUACAUUGCAUUUUUUUAAGCUACUGCUACACAGUUGAAUACCAAGCUGUUAGCACUGCAAUAUUAUGUUAAGUAUAUUUUUGAAUUUUUCAUUGGCAUUUUUUUUAAUUGUUUUUGGGACAUUUGAAUGAAUCUACACCAAUUCUCUUUUUAACAGUAGACUAUAGCGCACUUCAUCUUGGAUCCAAUUGCAAAUGAAUUAUUUUAUUUUGAUAUUGUUCCUCAUCUUUCUUGUAGAAAGCAUCCUUUGGUGUAUCCAAGUUAACUUAUUUCUUAGUAUUAUGUCACUUCUGAUUGUGUGCAUCUUGACAAGCAGUCAAAUGGUCUAUUGCCCUGACACUGAAUUUCUUUUUUACUAUAGCACACUGUUAACUGACUGUAUUUGAACUUGUUUAGUUACUUAGAUGUAAUUUGUAAGCGAUGGUCUGUUGGAUGAGGAGAAACAGGGUGAAUGUAAGUAAAUAGAAAUGUGGUAUAGUGAGGAGCCAGUGAUUACUGUUAGCGCUGUAAGAAUUUAAUAUGGGCCUCUCCACUGGCUAAAAUGAGUUCUGUAUUUGGGGACUGUCACCAGAGACUAAGUCUAAAUUAGUCACUCUACCCUUUUGGCAGGUUCUUUCAGGCAUUAUUCACAGCUGUCUGAUAUUUAAAAUUUUUAUUUAAGUGCCCUUACUAAGUUAAGUGAUUUUCAGUCCUCUUUGUUGUAGAUGCUCCUCUCUUCUGUGGUGCGUCUUUCUGAGUUCUACCUCACACAAGCACACACUCACUCACUCACUCAAACACAUUUAUUUAAAGAUACAGUUUGUAUAUCAUGGCACACAUAAUUUGAAAGAAAUGUGAAAAAAGAUCAACUUUCUUUUCUGUAUUUGCAUUAUUUAUUUAUUUAUUUCAAGCUAGGAGACGUCUAUUGUAUGUAAUGUACAUUUCAUUCAGAAGUACUAUUUAUAUGCAUUUUGUUUCAUUUUUUGUUUGUUUUCUGUGCAAUAUAAUUCAUAGAUUAAUAUAGUCAAGUCAUUGAUCUGUACAUUUUACUGUAGAUGUAUGUAUGUUUUCUGAGAGUCAGGAAACAGGCAUUCGCUACCUGCUAUGGUAACCUUUGGAUGUAGUUGAUGGCUCAAAUUCCCAACAUGUCCCUUUGCUCUUUUUAAUGGUUGGGCACUCCAGGCAGUAACACCUAGCAUCAGCUCCCAGAAUGCACUUUGGGGAUUGUGACGAAUGCCCUGACCUGUUCUGGGCCACAUCUCGACUAACUGUUGUGGCCUUCUCUUUUUGUCAUUUUUCCUCUCCUCCAUCUCCUCAAAAAUAGAAAAGAUAGAAUAGACCACGCAUGAGUUUUCUCUGGUUUUAGUGCAGGUAUAUUUAGAGGAAAGACAGGAAAGCCAUUCAGCACUACUGGGAUGAUGCUGCAGUCUUCUGAUGGUUUGGCCAAUAUGACAGCAGAGUUAACCUGUUGUGGUGUGUUUUGAUCAGGCCAGUUGUGUGACGUUUAGCCUUUAGAUCUGAAAUUGCCUCACUAACAGACCAAUUAUAUACAUCAGAAACUGUCUACCUUCAACUCCGGCAAAUAAAAGAGUUGAAUUUUAA